AUGCAGAAGGAAUGGCGCGACUGGCACGACGAGGUGCCCUGGCGUCAGCACUCGCCAUCGAGCUGGAGGAGGAGGUCAGUGAACCGCAACCAGGGCCUAGACGAGAACAUCCUGGACAUGGUGGAGGCCGCCACGAGCGCCGCGGUCUCGGCGGCAGUGAAGGCAGCAGUGGAGGCGGCCUCGGACAAGGCGGUGGUGGCUCGACCGCGGCCGUCGCAGGCGCCAAGCGUGUGCCCCUCGCAGGCGCCCAGCUUGGCCAUCAAGGACAUCGAGAGGGACGAGGCGCCACUGCAGCCGCCGCCAGGGCAAUUCACCAUCCCCGCGAGGCUUCGAGCGAAGAGCAGGAGCCGUUGCGUGGAGGGUGCCGAGAACAAGCAGGUCGGAGUGGAGGUGCAGGAGUACACGAAGGGGAAGAAGGAGAACAAGAAGAAGAAAGGUCAACUGAAGCUGCCUGAGGACGGCGUGCGGGCGGAGGCACUGCUCGAGGUACCGUCCUUCCCCAAGCUGAGCUACCUGGGCGGCCACGCCACUGUUUGGCACGACUUGGUGAGCGAGGACGGCGGCGGUGAGGAUGAGGCGCAGGUGCUGGAGGCCAACACGGUGGUGACCUUCAAGUGGGAGCAGGUGAAGGCCAGUCGCAGGCUCGACAGCGAUGUGGUCAUCGGCGUCAUCAAGAACAAGGGCGUGAAGGAGGAGAAGGGUGAGCAGCAGUUGCAGGAGCAGGAGUUGUGCAAAGUUCCCAUUGGUAAUGUUGGAGAAGUCUUCGAGAGCUCUAGACAACGGGCCUCCGCGUCUGGAGCUUCCGGUGGUAGUGUUGGAGACUUCCUGAAGCAGCUGGGGCACGAGGAGGUGAGCAAGCUCAUCCUCGAGGCGGGCGCAGGCGUCACCGUGGAGGAGUUCAUCCACUGGGCGUCGGCGUCCUUCACAGCAGGGAGUUUGGCCAGCAUGGGCUGA